AUGUGUGUUGAUUUGGCCUCAACCCAUUUAAAAAAUUAUUUUGCAAAAAUUCAUUAUUUUGGACGAGCAAAAAGAUUUUUGGGGAUGAGUGAGGAAUUGAGGGAAAUUGUUACUUUAUUGGGGGUGUUAAAAAGGAAAAAGCAUGGAAAGAUAACUUUGGACGAUGUCUGCAAUUUUUUGGAAAAUGAGCUUUAUAAUAGAGCUUAUGAACCACACGAAUUAUUAAGAAAGGUAAAGAUGGUUUUUUAA